AAGCCGCGCUGCGGAGCCGCGCCGCGCACACCGCCGGGGCAGCGCCCGGCCCCACGCUGCGGGUCCCGCUCCUCCGCCUCGCGCGCAGCUCGCAAAAGUUUUUCCUCCUCUCCCUUCCCCCCCCCCCCCCGCUCGAUUUCGGACGGGUAGGGAAAAAGAAAAUUAUAUAAGAAUAAAUAAAAAGAAAAAAAAAAACUUUUGCAAGCUUUUCCAGCUUUCUUCCCUUCCUCUCCCCGGCCGGGCUGCACGCUGGUGGAGACUUCGCCUCUCCUCGUUUUGCUUCUUUUUUUUUUUUUUUUUUUUUUUAAACCCUGCCCCUUAGCCAGCCGGUUCUUUUUUAACUUUUUUAAUUUUUUCGCCCCCUGCUCCCCCCCCUCUGCCACUUUCUCGCAUGAAUCUCCUAGACCCCUUCAUGAAAAUGACAGAAGAACAGGACAAAUGUAUCUCCGACGCCCCCAGCCCCACCAUGUCGGAUGACUCCGCCGGGUCCCCCUGCCCUUCUGGAUCCGGCUCGGACACGGAGAACACCAGACCCCAAGAAAACACCUUCCCCAAGGGCGACCCGGACCUGAAGAAGGAGAGCGACGAGGACAAGUUCCCGGUGUGCAUCCGAGAGGCGGUGAGCCAAGUGCUCAAGGGCUACGACUGGACCCUGGUGCCCAUGCCGGUCCGCGUGAACGGAUCCAGCAAAAACAAGCCCCACGUGAAGAGACCCAUGAACGCCUUCAUGGUGUGGGCCCAGGCGGCCCGGAGGAAGCUGGCUGACCAGUACCCGCAUCUGCACAACGCGGAGCUCAGCAAGACCCUGGGCAAGCUCUGGAGGCUGCUGAACGAGAGCGAGAAGCGUCCCUUCGUGGAGGAGGCCGAGCGGCUGCGGGUGCAGCACAAGAAGGACCACCCCGACUACAAGUACCAGCCGCGGAGGAGGAAGUCGGUGAAGAACGGGCAGUCGGAGCAGGAGGAAGGCUCCGAGCAGACCCACAUCUCCCCCAACGCCAUCUUCAAGGCGCUGCAGGCAGACUCCCCGCAGUCGUCCUCCAGCAUCAGCGAGGUGCACUCCCCCGGGGAGCACUCGGGGCAAUCGCAGGGCCCCCCCACACCCCCCACCACCCCCAAGACGGACGCGCAGCCGGGCAAGCAGGACCUGAAGCGCGAGGGCCGCCCCUUGCAAGAAGGCGGCCGGCAGCCACCCCACAUCGACUUCCGAGACGUCGACAUCGGCGAGCUCAGCAGCGACGUCAUCUCCAACAUCGAAACCUUCGACGUCAACGAAUUCGACCAGUACCUCCCCCCCAACGGCCACCCGGGGGUCCCGGCCACCCACGGCCAACCCGGCCAGGUCACCUACACCGGCAGCUACGGCAUCAGCAGCUCGGCCGGCUCGCCGGCCGGCGCCGGGCACGUCUGGAUGUCCAAGCAGCAGCCGCAGCCCCCGCCGCAGCCCCCCCCGCAGCCCCCGGCACAGCACGGGCUGCCGGCGCUGAGCGGCGAGCAGGGCCAGGCGCAGCAGCGGACGCACAUCAAGACGGAGCAGCUGAGCCCCAGCCACUACAGCGAGCAGCAGCAGCACUCGCCGCAGCAGCUCAACUACAGCUCCUUCAACCUGCAGCACUACGGCUCCUCCUACCCCCCCAUCACCCGCUCCCAGUACGACUACAGCGAGCACCAGAACUCCAGCUCCUACUACAGCCACGCCGCCGGGCAGAGCAGCAGCCUGUACUCCACCUUCACCUACAUGAACCCCACGCAGCGCCCCAUGUACACCCCCAUUGCAGACACUUCUGGGGUCCCCUCCAUCCCCCAGACCCACAGCCCGCAGCACUGGGAACAGCCCGUCUACACACAGCUCACCAGACCCUAAAGCCAUUUAAAAAUAAAUAAAUAAACGAGGAAAACAAACAAACAAAAAAAAAUCGCGAAAGCAGCAACAAGAGCAGAGAACUUCCGCAGACUUUUCCUGCUUUGAAAUCAAAAUUAUAAUUAAAAAUUUAAAAAAAAAAAAAAAAAAAAGACGCUCAAGUUCAAGGCGGCGGGGAGGAGGGAGCGCCUCGAGCCUUCUGUACUUCAGCAUCCCCCGGGGAGUGGCGAGACCACUCCGAGAGCCCGCGGUGCAGCAAGGACUGGACUUUGACUUGGCUUCGAGGGUGCAGGGUGAUGAGAUUUCUAGCAACCGGCUCGGUUAUCCGUUCUCUGGACUUUUGUAACAAGUUGUUUUUUUUUUUUUUUAGCAGUAAUUAAAAAAAGAAAAAAAAAAGGGGGGGGAAAAAGAGAAAACUCAGUCCUCUGUGAGGAAUAUUCUCUAUUUUAAAUAUUUUUUAGUAUGUACUGUGUAUGAUUCGUUACCAAUUUGCGGGGAUUUAUACAUAUUUUUUAGAGAUUUUUUAAAUGCUCUUAUUUUUCCAACAGCUAAAAAUGACACUUAGUGGAGCAGUCCUAGGUUUUCUUGCAGUCAGAGGUAUUUUUGUAUAGAAUAAGUGUCUUUUUCUCUAAAAAUAAAAAUAAAAAAGCAAAACUGCGUGCUUCUAACUCGGAACAAAGCUCUGUCAGCGGCCAGCGCCAGGCUUGGCGAUGGUCAGCUCUGCAGCGCGGGAGACGUGAGCUGAGCCUGUGCGGGGAUGAGCAUAGAAGAGGCUUUAUUUUUCUAACU